UGAGCAACAGCCAAAGUGAUACGUACUAAGUACUAAAGAUUAUCUUGUCAGUUUGUUUGAGCCAGUUUAUAGUACGUGAGAGAUGGCAUCCAACCAGGAGCAGGCGAGCUACCGCGCCGGCGAGGCCAAGGGCCACACCCAGGAGAAGGCUGGGCAGGUGAUGGGCGCGGCCAAGGACAUGGCGUACGAGGCCAAGGACCGGGCGGCGGGCAUGGCCGGGCACGCGUCCAGGCAGGGGCAGGGAACCACGGAGGCCACCAAGCACAAGGCCGGCGAGGCCACCGACAAGGCGUCUCAGACGGCGCAGGCGGCCAAGGACAAGGCUGCCAGCACGGCGCAGGCCGCCAAGGACCGCACCGUGGAGAGCAAGGACCAGACCGGCAGCUUCCUCGGCGAGAAGACGGAGAUGGCAAAGCAGAAGGCGGCGGAGACCGCCGAGGCGGCCAGGCAGAAGGCGGCGGGGGCAGCGCAGUACACGCAGGACAGGACCUACGACGCGGCGCAGUACGCCAAGGAGUCCGCCGUCGCCGGCAAGGACAAGACCGGCAGCGUGCUCCAGCAGGCCUGCGAGACGGUGGUGAACGCCGUGGUGGGAGCCAAGGACGCCGUGGCCAACACGCUGGGCAUGGGCGGCGACAACAACACCAACGCCACCAAGGACACCACCACCGAGAAGAUCACCAGGGAUCACUAGAUGCAUGCGCUCGCGCUUAAUUUGCUUUCGUUUCCUUCUCUUGAUACACAUUUUUCGUUCGACUUUCAUGAUUUCCGGACGCACAUCUUGUUGUAAAACUGUGCUGCUCAGUGCCUGGCCUCUUGGGUCCGUAUGAAUGUCUGACGGGAGAUGUAUCUUUGUGUUCGUCAGACUUCUCUUUUCAAGUUCUAUUAUGCUGUAAUCAUAAUACUAAUAAAGAUCUACUACUUUGUUC